AUGAAGUCCUUUGAUGUAGAAGGUGGCCAGGUGCUAGUUGUUCGUCACAAGGGUGCACUGUCUGCGAUAGGGAGUAAAUGUUCUCAUUAUGGAGCACCACUGGAGAAAGGGGCUUUGUGUGAGGGAAGAGUAAGGUGUCCAUGGCAUGGUGCUUGCUUCAGCCUUGCAACAGGGGAUAUUGAAGACUUCCCAGGACUGGACAGCAUUCCUAAGUAUGAUGUUGAAGUUGUUGAUGGGAAUGUAAAAGUGAGGGCCAGUCAGGAACACUUUGGUGCAGCAAAGAGAGUGAAACCAUUGGCCAAACGUGAUGAAAACAACAACACAUCCUUUGUUGUGAUUGGUGGAGGAGCUGCAGGUGCCACUUGUGUGGAACGAUUACGGCAGGAAGGUUUUACAGGUCGCUUGGUGAUGGUGACGCGAGAGAAUCACUUACCUUAUGAUCGACCAAAACUCUCCAAAGCCAUGCAUCUCACACCAGAUAAUAUUACUUUACGUUCUAAUCAGUUCUAUGAGAGUGGAGACAUAGAAAUCAAGUUAGGUGUGACAGCUGAAGGUCUAGAUACAGAGAAUAAAGUGGUCAAACUGAGUGAUGGAGAAGAACUCAAUUAUGACAAAGUGUUCAUUGCAACUGGUGGGAAACCACGGCAGCUAUCAAAUCCCGGUGCUGACCUCAAAGGUAUAUUUGUAAUUCGAACUCCAGAGGAUGCUAAUGCAGUGGCAGCAGCAGCAGCAGGGAAGAGUGUUGCUAUUAUCGGCACCUCCUUCAUAGGAAUGGAAGCAGCAGCCUAUCUAUCCAGCGAAAAUCGUGCUGCAUCAGUGACUGUCGUUGGGAACACGAAAGUACCAUUUGAAAGGAGUCUUGGACAAGCUGUUGGAGAGAGGAUCCAGAAGCUGUUUGAGGAAAAUGGGGUUAAAUUUGCCAAUGAAGUCAAUGUGAAGGAGUUCAGAGGAGAAGAUGGGGAGGUGAAGGAGGUUGUAUUAGAUAAUGAUGAAAUUAUACCAGCUGAUGUUGUAGUGACGGGAGUAGGAGUUGUGCCGGAGACCCAGUUCCUGUCAACUUCUAGUGUCAGGCUUGAUGAACGAGGAUAUGUUCCAGUUAAUGAGCACUUGGAGACCAACAUAGCUGAUGUGUACUGUGGGGGUGACAUAGCCUCCUUCCCACUCUUCCUUCAUGAUGGGGAGAAAGUGGCCAUAGGUCACUGGCAGGUUGCUCAUGGCCAUGGUACCACAGCUGCCCUCAACAUGCUGGGGAAAGCCACACCAGUCAAAUCUGUGCCAUUCUUCUGGACUGUCCUGUAUGGAAAGAGUCUUCGGUAUACAGGCCAUGGGAUGUAUGAUGACAUCCUGAUAGGAGGAGACUUAGAAAACUUGGCUUUCAUUGCCUAUUACUGCAAGGGAGAUCGUGUGGUGGCUCUGGCCAGCCUUGGUAAGGAUCCUGCAGCUGCCAAAUAUGCUGAGAUGCUAAACAGUGGGAAUUUUCUCACUAGGGAAAAAGUUAUUGAAGAUGGAGAGGUGGCAUGCAAGCUGUAAUGUGAUGAAAUGAAGCUCAAGAAAACAAGGGAAUAGAUGUUUGAAUGUCCACGCUUGUUCCAUGUAUCCUUUUGUGAGAUAAGAUGUAAAUGUGGUGGCAAAAUGCUGUUGCCAUUGUAUGGUUCUUGGUGUAGUGGGUAAUGAUUGCUAUAUGUUAUGCAUUACAGUUUAUUAAUGUGUACUUAAACAGUGAAGAUGUUCAUUAGAUAUAAGUAGAACCAAAGAUGUGCACUUAAUGUAGUCAUGAAACCAGUGAUAUAAGAACAGUAUUUUUAUUUACAAAUAUAUUUUAAAGUGCAUUUUUUAUUUUACUUUUUUUUUUGAUACAGUCUCUUCACAAUCUGUUGGAAGUAUACAUUUCUGCAAUGAUGUGAGAAUCUCUGUAGUAAUUGAUGUAAAAUCGUUAUGUAUCAACUAAUUAUCUUAUGUUGAAUCUUAUUUUUUUUAUUUAUUUUUUUUU